AUGCAGUCGGGAAUCUCAGUCUCUUCGGAGCUGCAAGAUGCCUUCAACCGGUUCACCUCCGACCCCUCAAGCUUCUGUCUCCCGGUAACCAUCACAUCCGAGAAGCUGACGCCACUCACUCCUAUUGGUUUCGCGGGUGCUUCUACCGGCCCAGAUGCAUUCUUCUCAUCGCUGCCGCAAAUCUCAUCCAUCUUGCAACCGAAGACCCCGAUUUACCUUCUGCUCCGCCGUCCCACUUCCACCUCGACUUCCCUCAUCGCUCUAACCUAUAUCCCGUCUAAUGCGCCCGUGCGCCCCAAAAUGCUCUUUGCAUCGACUCGCACGUCGCUGACUCGUGAGCUUGGCACCGAGAAGUUCGGGUCUUCGGUAUUCGCCACGGAAGAGGAUGAAAUUAUCGGCCAAGAUGCAUGGAAGGAGCGUGAUGGAAUCGCUGCAGGUAUUGGUCGGGAGGAGCUAAUGGGCGAGAAGGAGCGCGAGUUGGAGGCUGUGCGGAGGGCUGAGGCCGAGGCUCGUAGUGGAACACCCCGAAGUGACAUUGGUAUUGGCGGCACAUUUGGCCCGGGCUCCGGAUCAGGCAUGAGAGUCUCCAUACCUGUUGAUGAUGGCGCAAAGGCGGCUUUGAAGGAGCUACAGGAAGGUGGCCUGGUGCAGCUGGUGAGGAUCCAAUUCCACCCCCAACGUCACCAUUCUACGACGGAUGAAAAGUGGUGCGGGCAUAAGCUUGGAUUCAAUGCUAAUCUACAUCCGAUACAGACUGUUGAUAUUUCCACGGAGAAAAUCACGCUCGCCGACUCUCAGUCCGGUGUCGAGCCAGGCUCCGUUGCGGCUCAUAUAUCCUCAUCUUCGCCCCGGUAUUCCUUCUACCACUAUCCCGGCUCGAGUGUUGUGAUUUUCGUGUAUACCUGUCCGACUGGAUCGUCGAUUAAGGAGCGUAUGCUGCACGCUAGCUCGCGGAGGAAUGCCAUUGCGGUGGCCGAAGAGGAAGGACUGAAGAUCGAGAAGAAGGUAUGUAUGCUCGCGAUCGAGGCCUCUGGUCCAGAUGAAAUCACUGGUGACCGCCUGCAGGAAGAGGUCAAGCCGGCCCGGGACCAGGGUCCUGCGCGUGGAUUUGCCCGUCCGCGCCGCCCUGGCCGGUAA